CUUCCAUACACUGAGUGAUAGGCGAACUCUCAUCAAGCUACAACUGAUAAUAAGCGGAAUCGAAAAAAACCCUGGGCCAAGGGUUAUUGAAACAGACGGAGAUUUCGGAGACGAGAAAAUUCAGUCCUGUCAUGAUGCUCUUAGCAAGCUGAUAACUUCUCAUGGAAACACACCUCACUCCGACAUAGCAAGAUCACUGAACAAUAUUGGGAAUGGAUACAUGAGUCUAGGGAAUACCAGAGAAGCUUUGAAAUAUUAUUUAGAGUGUUUGUCUAUGUGGAAGCAGCUAUAUGGAAAUCAAGCACACAUGGAAGUAGCAGCUUCCAUUGACAACAUUGGAAAAGCAUACCAGAUUCUUGAAGAUCCUGAGAAGGCAAUACAAUAUUAUGAAGAAAGCCUGGUUACCAAGAGACAAAUUUAUGGAAAUCAACCACAUCCUGACAUAGCAGCCUCACUGGAGAACAUUGGAAAUGCAGCCAGCAGGAAGGGUGACCUUGAAAAGGCAAUACACUACACCGAGGAAAGUUUGACCAUGAUGAAACUUCUUAAAGGGGAUCAACCACACACUGACAUUGCAAAUGCACUUGAGAAUAUAGGAAAAAUCUAUGAAAGUAAAGGUGACCUCAAUCAGGCAAUGAAAUAUCAAGAAAAGAGUUCAGAAAUCAAGAGACUUCUCCAUGGAAAACAACCACAUACUGAUGAAGCAGAAGCCGAAAAGGAAAUUGAUGGUGUAACCCUAAGAGCAAAGACAACACAAGGGACAACAUUAAAAAAUGAAAAAUCAAAAGAUAUUAAGCAAAGACGGAAGAAACAGAACCAUUCAAAGCCAAAACAUAACGAAACAGCAUCCCCUGUGGAAAGUACUGAUGUUCAAAUGAUGGGGAAAGUAAAUAACAACAAUUCAGAAGAAACUAGAGAACAACCUGGAAGUACAGAAGAUGCUACAAAUAUCUCAAACACAUCAGAGCUCCUUCAUUUAAUAAAGGACACUAUGAGGAUUUGCACAUUUCUCAGUAAUGACAUUACAGCGGAUCUAGCAAACAUAGAAAACCAAUUCUUACAAAAACUAAAUAGACUCGAGAGACAGGUAGGUAUAGACAGUGAAGUAGACAAAACAGAAAACCAACAUAAAGCUGUUGUAAUCAAGGACUCAGUUGAAUUAACCUAUGACAAGGAGGAAAUGUUCAACAGCGUAAUUCAAGUGCUGCAAGAAGAAUCAAAAUGGAUAAAAAAUAGAUUAGCCAAUUUAGAAAGUGGAGUCCAGAAACAUUUCUUCCAAGUUCUGAAAAACCUGUUUGUCCAGCACCAACGCACUGAUAAGUUCAUCACUCGUCAGGAAGAUUCAAUCAAGCAGUUGGACACAGCUAUGACUGACGUUCAGCUUACAGUUCACAAUGGAAUCAUGAUACUACCAAUAGAGGAUUUCCAGGCAAAAUUUCAAAAGGCAAAAGUCAGGGAUCCAGCAAGUAUAACAUCACCAGCUUUCUACACAAGGAGAGGGGGCUACAAGUUGAAAAUCAGGGUCUACCUGAAUGGUGAUGGUCUUGGUCUUGGAACGCAUGUGAGCAUUUACAUAAUGAUGUGUAAAAGUCAGUUUGAUGCGCUC